AUUUUUGUAUUUUGAUUUAUGUCACGUGGCUGCUGUAACACUCUCGUUUCCCUUUGGGAUUAAUAAAGCACUCUAUAUCUGUCAUCUAUUUUAAGAAGGAUUCUUCAUGCAGGACAUUUAUGUGUAAUGGAGUAUUUUUAUAUUGCUGUAUUGGUACUUUUACUUAAGCAUAGGAUUUGAAUAUUUCUUCCACGUCUGCACUUUUAAAUAAGGCAAUUAAAUAAUUAAAUGGUGUGACAUUUUAAGUGAAAAAGGGAAAAUGUCCAAUUUAUAUUUGUCCUAUAAAGACAUAUUGCUUGUCUGUAAUGCCAUACAAAGCCAAACGUAAGUAAUUACAAUUUUGUUCGAUACUGAGUUAUGACUGAAAUUGAACUUUUCAAUGUCUGUUUUACCUUGUGAAAAAUUGUCUAACAGUUUAAAGUUUACUAACCUAGAUUUGACUGAUAUAAUUUGAUUCUAUUAAGACAGGGAUUUGAUUAUAUUCUAUGAGAGCAUAUAUCUAAUUCUAAAAAUAGGUUUACAUAAUUUUACAAUUAGAAUAAAUAUGUCAAGCCAUCUUAAUAGGUUAAACCUCACACAAUAAUAUUUGAAGAUUGCUUGACUUUUUCUUAAUUACUCGUCUAUUUCAACUUUUUAAACAUGCAAACAAUGAAACAAUUAAAUACAGAUAUAAUGUAAUAAGAAAUCAAAUUAGAUUAUUGAUCAGACACUAAGAUAGUAGUUACUGCACUUUGCCUUUGCACUACCUAUAUAUUUGUUUAAGGUAAUACAAAGGCCAAAGAGUGCAGUAUCUGUUUUUUGGGGGUCAUAGGUCAAUUAAUUUGUCGAUUUUAAGCCAAUAUAUUAUAUAUAAUAUAUUUAAUAAGCACAUAACCGUUUUUCUAUCAAUUAGGGGACCUACACAUUUGGCUGGACAGCCAACAAACUUUGAAUCCAUUUUCUCCGUUUGUUAGGGUAGUGUAGUUUGGCCCAAACCGGACACUGUAGCUUUACAGCACCGCAGUGCUCUCUGGGUAAUGUAUGUGUUUUGAGCAAAGAAAGCACAGAUGUUCGCUUUUCUCAGAGACACAUGAGCUUCAAAAUACAAUUUAUAUACCGUAAAUUUGACUAUUAAGUAACCGUACGCUUUUAUCUCUCGUCUGUUGUAAAAAGAACCGCCACAAACCGGGCAAUUUAUUAUUUAUUCUCUCUAGCAUAUGUGCAAAUUAAAACAGGCUACGUUGCUAAUUUAGCUUCCAAGACGGAAAGAAUAACAUCUCAACUAAAGCUGUUAAUGUGACGUUAUUGCUCAAUAAACCAGCUCGCUAGGAUGAUGGACUAAUAUGCGUGAUAUUAGUAUCAAUAUCUCCUCUCUGACUCCUUAAGUCAGAAAAAGAUCUACAGGUUUAGCCAUUGUUUUCAAACGCAACGCGACAUUGAUCGGGAAGCAGCAACAGUAAAAAGAAAAAUGGAUGAAAGUGCUGAAAAUGCUGCCAACGAUGACAUUGUCAUCAUCGUAGAAAACGAGGCGGAAAGUUUACCAGCAGAGGAGGAGAGGCUGAAACAGCAAGGCACCUUCGGGCUCAUGGACACUUGUCCCAUUUGCAAGUUGAGCUUCCACAAUAGGGAGCCCAAACUGCUGCCGUGUCUCCACUCCUUUUGCAAGAGGUGUCUGCCUGCCCCGUUCAGGAGUGCUGACCCGAGGCGUGACUCGCAAGGUCAAGUCGACAACAACAAAUCAUUAGGUGCCAUCCGAUGUCCAGUUUGCAGACAGGAAUGCUGGGAGAUGGACGUGUUGGAUAAUUUCUUUGUCAAGGACUCUGCCGAGGUACCAAGCAGCACCGUAGAGAAAACCAGCCAGGUGUGCAUGAGCUGUGAGGACAACACGGAGGCAACAGGUUACUGCGUGGAAUGUGUGGAGUUUCUGUGUGUGACGUGUAUUGAGGCGCAUCAAAGGGUAAAGUUCACCAGGGAUCACACCAUACGCCAGAAAGAGGAGAUGUCUCCAGGUAAAGCAGUAGGUAUUUCCACGCAGAAGCCCGUGUUUUGUGACAUCCAUAAGCAGGAGCCACUGAAGCUGUUCUGUGAGACGUGUGACCGACUCACCUGUCGAGACUGUCAGCUGCUUAAACACAAGGAUCACAACUACCAGUUUUUGGAGGAUGCAUACAGGAAUCACAGGCAGUAUCUGGAAAACAUGACGCAGCAGCUGCAAGAGAAAAGAAAAGCCAUUGAGGAAGUUUCCAGCUGUAUCAGCACUGGACUCCAGCAAGUUGAAGAAAACCGGAAGUCUGUAACUAAUGAAAUAAAGAAGUCCAUCUGUAACUUGAUAAUGGAGAUCAACAGGAAGGGAAAGAUCCUGGUUAACCAGCUUGAGGCUCUGACCAAAGACCAUGAGUUGGGUUUGAAAAAGCAGCAAGAAGACGUCAACUCUCUGACCAGGCACCUAGACCAUGUCAUCAGAUUUACCAAAUGGGCCACAGCUAGCCAUAGUGGAACAGCCCUCCUAUACUGCAAGAGACUGAUUCUUUUCCAGAUCCAUUACCUGAUGAGAGCUAGCUGUAGUCCCUCCAUCGUUCCUCAGAGCUCUGUUCGCUUCCAGUGUCGCUCUGGGUUCUGGGCCACAAACGUAGAUCUCGGUUCUCUGGUAGUAGAAAGGGGCCCAGGACGACCGACCGUCAGCAACCACCAGGCAGGUUCCAGACCAGAGGCGCCCACUGGAGGUCUGUCGGUCUCAGCUCAGCAGCGACAGAGCACGCUGGCUCAGCUCCAGAUGCAGGUGGAAAAACUCUCCCAGCAGCCCCACAGGCAGCCCCCUCCUAACCACUGGUCCUGGUACCAAAAUGUCAGACUCCCAGGACCCCCGGGCCCUCCGCCUCCAACCAGACCCAUCCACGGAGGGUCCUCCCCGUCCCAAUGCCCCACCAGCAUGGCACAGCCGGGACCGGGACGCAGGUACGGGAGUUCCCACCCUAACCCCAACCCCAGAAGCCCCACGUCCUCCAUGCUUCACAACACCGGAUUCACGCCUCCUCACUCUCUGAGAGAUCUGAUCCUUAGCUCCAGCUUCCCUCCUAAACCCAUGGAUGUGUUGCAGGGUACGUCCCGUUACCCACAGCCUCUGUCCACCGGAGCAGCCACACAGACGUCACUGCACCAGCAGCGGGGCCUGACGGAGUCGUCUAACCCUUUCCUGAAGAGGGGUGAAGCUAGCGGAUCUGUCCCCUCCAUUACCAUCUCCAUCCCGAAACCCAGCUUCGCUCCAAGUCUGGCUUCAGCGGCCGCAGACAAAACGAGCACGCUCAAUCACAUAACAGUUCAAGGAAGGCAGAACUCACCCAUGGCCAAACCGUCUUCUUCAGACAGAAGCACCGGGACGACUUCCUGGAAGCAGACAUCUGAGCCACCAUCUGCCCCCUCAGCCAAGCGACGAAGGAGGUCGUCCCCCGGGCCCGUUAUCGUCAUCAAGGACGAACCAGAGGAUGAGGACGAAGUUCGUUUUGUGCAGUCCAACCUUCCAGACAGCAGCACCGGGGCUCAGUCCAAACCCCGUCAGCAGCUGAAAGUCUGUCCCCAAGUCCCAGCCCCUCGAUCGGACCUCACCCCCGGGAAAGAGCAGCAUCCUCAACCCGCAGCCCAGCAGCCGGAGUCUGAAAAGAGAGCGGAGCCGGAAGAAGAUCCUAAUGAGGACUGGUGCGCCGUCUGUCAGAACGGAGGGGAGCUGCUCUGUUGCGACAAGUGUCCCAAAGUUUUCCAUCUGUCCUGCCACAUCCCCACUCUGAACGAGUCCCCCAGCGGCGAAUGGUUCUGUUCAUUCUGCCGAGACCUCAUCUCUCCUGAGAUGGUGUACGACUGCGACAGCAAGGACGAACCCGGGGCUGAGAGAUUGCCACCUGUUGACAGAAGGAGAUGUGAGAGGCUGUUACUACGUCUGUUCUGUAAUGACUUCAGCACCGACUUCCAGCAGGCUGCUUCUCCAUCGGAGACAAGAAGGUACAAAGAGCUGAUCAAGACCCCGAUGGAUUUAUCAAUAGUUAAGAGGAAGCUGGAGUCAAAGCUGAAGGAGGGUGAAUGUUACGUCAGUCCUGAGGGGUUUGUCGCUGACGUCAGACUCAUAUUUCUCAACUGUGCAAAGUACUACAAGGCGACCUCAGAGGUGGGGAGUGCAGGCUUGUACUUGGAGGACUACUUUGAGGAACAACUGAAGCUUGUAUACCCAGACAAGAUUUUUCCCGGAGGAAGGGAAGAACAGAUGAUCCCUCCUUUAGAGGAUGAGAUAGAUGAAGAGGAGGAACAGGUGAUGGACGAAGGUAUGGCUCCCAUAGAGGACGAUAAACCAGCAGGUCCUGCGGGGAAAGGAAUCCCCCCUGUAGAGGAGGACUUAGCUCAUCCAGAAGAAGGAACAGCCCCGGCGGAGGGAGAAAAGCCAGAAACGGAGGAGAAGGUGGCCGAUACGAGCAUAAAGGGAACGGACCAAAAGGUAGCGGCCGCAGAGGAAGGCAUGCCGCCUGCGGAGGAGGUAAAGCAGGAUGAGAAAACUCCUUCAGAGGAGGUGAAAAGUUCUCCAGCUGCUGAUAGCAAAUCAACAGACAGGGCGACCGCCAGCCCCCCGAAAGAGGAGAACCUUCAGCUCCAUACAGACAAGACUGCAGGUCCAUCUGAAAGCCAGGCGAAGGAGACCACUCCUGCAAACACAGCCAAAGAAAAGGAGGGAUAGAAGGAAUAACAACAGAGAGAAACUGUAGAAAAGAUGGAUGAUUUCAGUCUUCCACAGAAGUGGCCCCAGUGGGGACCUAAAUUGCUGCAAUCAGACAGUGUUUUUUACUGUUAUUUGCAAUAGGAAAAAAAAGGGUACAGCUAUACUAAAUAGACUUAUUUAGUAGCAGUUCUGCUGUAGAUGCACAUUGAAAGGAGUAGCUCUUUUUGUGUCUUUACUGAACAGAAGUUACAAUUUUACUGUAACGUAGAAGGUUAUUUUCUGUGACGACGACGCCGAAAAGCACAAAACAGAUAUUAUUUGUUAAUAGGAUCACGUGUAAGUUAUUGUCGAUUACCUUGCUCAUCAGUUGUACAUAAUGUCACCGUGAACUGAAGGCACAAAUGCUGCAAUCAAAAUAGGAAAAUGAGACUUUGGAUUAGUUAAUGCAUGCAGGAUGUCUUAAUAUAAAUAAUAAAGUCUCCAUUCUCUGUGUUUAGCUCACUUGUACUAGCCAUUUGGCUCAUUAACAAAUUAUGUUUUAUUGCAAUAGUAUUGUUUUUUUUAUUUUGUUUGUACUGUAUGAAUUACUAUGCUAUGUAUGCAACAAAUAGGGCCGCUGUAUGUACUGUAGUUUCUGUACAUAAGGAAGUGCCACAUCUAUCGUUUUUUUUUUUUUUGUUGUUGUUGAUUUUAAAUAAUCCCUCGAAAAAACUGGCAUCAUGGAAAUUGUGCUGUUGGGAAAACGGACUGUUCUCUUUGUGUCCUGAAAAUGUUUUAUCAUACAGCAGCCUUGCUUUGUUUUAUCAGGAGAGCAUUACUUCACAGACUUUCUUUUCAAAAACAUGUUAUCAGUCGCAGAUAAUUCAGAGACAUGAGAAUCAGAUCACCCGCUGACUAACAGUGUCCUCGCCCUUCUGUCUCAUGAUUACUCUUACUGCAAUUAUGAGUAGGUCAAAGCCUGGUUGUUUUUACUGGAAUAAUAAGGAAUGUGCAGUUGUUGUUUGUUUUUUUUUACAGUUGAAGCUCAGUUGGCCAAUGACACAAAAAAAUCAAAUGAAUAUACUAUCUAUAUUGUUCCCCCAAUAUCACUAUUUUAUUUAAUUUAUUGAGGAUACGUGAAACCUGCUAAUGAACUCUACAAACGAUUUUGAGCAUUAAAAAAAAAUCCUGCUUUUGCAAUAUUUGUAAUAAACAGGGUUACAUGUAGAUCUGA